CGGUUUGAUGUUUGGAAUCUCAAAAAGACCGAACCGGUUUGCCGCGAUGCUUAGUCGUUUCUGAGCACGCUCCCGAUUCACAGUUAUCAAUGGGCCUUCGCGUUGGCUUCUAUUUGACACUGUUUGCAGUGCUAGUUCAAGGUCAGCGCAUAUCAGAGAGAAAAUGUGAAGAGUACCGAAAGCUCACCAUCAAGACUACGGCCAUCAUUCCGUUGGUUGUCAAUCCCAAUCCGCUGAAGGUUACCAGUUUCAAUUGCUCGAAAACCGUGGAUUUGAUUGUGGGAGGAGAAGUGGCCAAAAAGAAUGAGUUCCCACACCAGGCUCUGUUGGGUUGGAUAUCACCGGACGAUCCAGAGGAAUACAAGUUUGAAUGCGGCGGGUCUUUGAUUAGCGAGAGAUAUGUCCUCACAGCUGCACACUGCUUCAAGAGGGGAAAUCCCGACAUUGUACGCCUAGGAGAGCACAAUAUAGAUGACGAUUCUGACAAUCAGGUGGAUUUUGAGAUUGAGUCGAUUGAGAGGCAUCCUGAGUACAAGUUUCGUGCGUCAUAUCAUGACAUUGCGCUUAUCAAGUUGAAGGAAAAUGUGCGUUUUUCAAAAGUUAUUCGACCUGCUUGCUUGUGGACCGGGCAGAACAUCAAUGUGAGCGCUUUGAUUGCGACUGGAUUCGGAAGCAUGGAAACGGCGGGCAGUGGAUCAAAUCUGCUUCGAAAAGUCGUUUUACAGUUCAUUGACAGACAGAUUUGUAAAAGACAGUUCACAGGACGACAAUUCAAGGCUGGGAUCAUUGACGAGCAGUUGUGCAUAGGAAGUGAAACUUCAGGCAAAGAUACUUGCCAGGGAGACUCCGGUGGUCCAAUUCAGACCAUUUUGGAGCCGAAAGGUUGCACCUAUCAUAUAAUUGCUGUCACAUCGCUAGGACCUCUAUCUUGUGGAAAUUCGCCUGCCCUGUACACCAAAGUAUCUGGCUACAUAGAUUGGAUCGAAGGAAUUGUGUGGAAGGAUGAAUGAUUUUUUCAUGUAGAGAAAAAAAAAAUACAAAAAUAAACUGAACCAAAUCUAAAACUA